CUUCCUACUCUUUCCAGAUGGAGAGGGGGAAAGCUCGGUGGGAAAGAGAUGAGUGGAGGAGGGGCAAACGGGAGCGACUCGAAGGUGGAAACCAUCUCGAGGUUGGCGCAGUGGAAGAUCGAGAGCUUCGGUCCCUGCUCCUACCGCCGCUCCGAUGCCUUCAAGCUCGGCAUCUGGAACUGGUUCUUAUCGGUCGAGAAGAACCGAUACAUGUACAUCCGGCUCUUCCCGGAGCCAUGCCGGAUCUCAAAGGAGCAGCCCCCCAUGGCUCGGUUCGUGCUUCGGGUCUCCAACCCCGGGCCUGGCCGCCGGCCCUAUAUCUCACCUGUUCAUGAAAGACUUCUCCGGACCAGUGAUGACUUUGUUUGGCCCAUUGAUUCUACUUUUCAUGGGCGUUUCAUAAUCGAUGUAGAGUUUCUGGACCUGAAGAUAUCCCCGUUAAAUGGAGGUGACCCAUACUCUAUAUGGCCUAACGAAAGCAUGAUGCAGUCUCUUGCAAGCAAAAGCACUCUCCGAUGCCUCUCUCGCAUGCUAGAAGAAGGCAUCCAUUCUGAUGUCACCAUCAACACUUCCAAUGGUGUGUUGAAGGCCCACAAGGCUGUACUUUCUGCAAGCUCUCCUGUAUUUGAGAGCAUGUUCUUGCACGAUCUCAAAGAGAAAGAAUCCUCCAUAAUAGAUAUAGAGGACAUGUCGCUUGAAUCUUGCUCGGCUCUUCUCAACUAUAUUUAUGGAACCAUUAAGCAGGAUGAGUUCUGGAAGCACCGCCUCUCGUUGCUUGGUGCAGCAAACAAGUACGAUAUUGCUGACCUUAAAGAGUGCUGCGAGGAGAGCCUCUUGGAGGAUAUCAACUCCAGUAAUGUCCUUGAGCGGCUUCAUGAGGCAUGGCUUUAUCAACUUAGCAAGCUAAAGAAGGGGUGCAUGAUGUACUUGUUUGAUUUCGGAAAGAUAUAUGAUGUGAGAGAUGAGAUAAAUAGCUUCUUCCGCCAUGCAGAUAGGGAGCUGAUGUUGGAAAUGUUCCAAGAGGUCCUAACUGUUUGGAAGCCUGUGUGACAUUCUACUCGGGCAAGUUGAAAUGUUUUUAAUUGUUCCAGAACUGCUGUAAAUACGUGAUGGGGUCCCUGUUUGAUAAGUUACGGCAUGCUUUUGGUUGUAUUAUGUUUGAUUUUCCUUUUUUCAGACCUUUGAAGAUUCAUGUUAGAGUGGGUUGCGGUAUAUUGAUGGUGAGCUGUUGGGUUGUGCAGUUCAUAUGAAUUUUGUUGUUUGAACUAUGAGCCAUUUUGUUCCAACUCUAUCUUUUGUCCC